CUAUCCCUUCCUAACAAUCUCCAUAUAGAGGGUCUGCUUUCUUAUUGCCUAUUGAAUUUCCUUAUAUACCCCAUACUUGCAAGUGAUGACCCUGUGCUGCUAUUCCUUGAUAACUGUUUGCCCCAGAAUAACUGGCAUGUGAAUCUAGAGGUGUCCAGGGAUGUUCCCUUUCCCAGUAAAGAUAACUUGUUUGAUAGAAAUGGGGUGAAUGAGAGAUUUGAGGAGAGCACCAAUGAAAACCGUCAUAAUCCUCCUAUGGGAAAUGAGAUGGGUGGUUCUAUUAGUUCAGAAGGGGAAAGUCCUGGAAUAGAAAAUUUUCAAAUAAUCGGAGAAGCUAAACCAGGAUGCAGAAUUUUGGGUUGUGGGUUUCCUGUACGUGGAACUUCUCUUUGUAUGUUCCAGUGGGUCCGUCAUUAUCCUGAUGGUACAAGGCAGUAUAUUGAAGGUGCCACAAAUCCUGAAUAUGUAGUUACUGCUGAUGACAUUGAUAAACUUAUAGCUGUUGAAUGCAUACCGAUGGAUGACCAGGGACAUCAGGGGGAACUUGUCAGGCUUUUUGCCAAUGAUCAAAACAAAAUAACAUGUGACCCAGACAUGCAAUCAGAGAUAGAUACCCAUAUUUCUGAAGGCCAGGCCACGUUUAAUGUUCUAAUGCUUGUCGAGUCUUCUGAGAACUGGGAACCAGCGACUAUAUUUUUGCGGCGAUCAAGCUUCCAAGUCAAGGUUCAUAGAACACAAGCUGUUGUAAUAGCAGAAAAAUUUUCCAAAGAGUUGUCGAUCAAAAUACCAAGUGGGUUGUCAACACAGUUUGUUAUCACAUGUUCCGAUGGGUCUUCACAUCCCUUCAGUACAAACAAUGAUAUAAGAAUGCGCGAUACUCUUGUGCUGACGAUAAGAAUCUUCCAAAGCAAGGCAUUGGAUGAGAAGAGGAAGGGGAGAAUUUAAACCUUUACUUUCUGUAUAGGUGCAUUAUUCAUGGCCAUUGUCAUUCUUUAUAUGAACCAAUAAAA